AUGGAUAUACAGAAUAUCAACUCAGCAAACAAACAACUUCCGAUGUUUCCGGAAGAGCCAGUCCAGUUACUUACUAGGCAUGCUGCAGGUCCCCCAUCACCCAAGCACCUGCGACGCUUUGCGCGUCUCUCAUCAGAUAGCUCUCCCUGCCCCAAUGAACUGCGUCCCGACUUGGGUCACCCUCCAAACAAAGGCAGGUAUAUGGCAGACAGUUCGACUUCUUCGAGGAAAGGAGACCUGCCUUCUCCUUCGGGCCGUCAACUGAGGCGGGAGACUCGGGUGUUGGACGAGAAUGUACCGUCUCAUGAUUAUUGUGCCAACGCUACAACGACGCACCCAGCUACGCAGUCAUACGGUCCGAUUCAUUCGCUUAUUGUCGAGGAUGGCCAAUAUGGACAACAUGGCACUUCCAGGUCACCAUUUGCUGCCAAGCAUCCGACUCGCAUGCCACCUGCCCUGUUGUACGAUGAGCGACCACGCAUGGAUCCUUGUUCCAAGAGACCAUUCUCUGGUGGUGAGCCAACGGAUCGAAGCCCGUUAUUAGAGAGGGUUCCUAAUGUCGUCUCCCACCAACAGCGGCCCUGGAUGGACUCGGAUGAGACCACACCGAGCAUGCACGAUUCCAUUCACGAUGCCAUGCCAGUAUCCCCAACCGACUCGAAUCCGGCAUCGCCGCCCAUGAAUGUCAGCUACACGCUACCACCUCAGGAAUUUAUCUCGUUCCUAGGUAACAAUGGUACGCACCUAGACACUAUCUCGGAACGCAGCCAUUUGUCGACACCGGCUCCCACUCCGACGCCUGUUCCCACCCCUACUCCCAGUUUUACUUUUGGGGACGACCCAACUCAAGAACAAAGCACGUCAUAUUCCGGUAACCUAAAUGAAGAACACCGCAAGUCUGGUUCUGGGGGCCCAAUCCAAGAACGGAACAUGUCCAAUUUCGGGGACCCAAGCCAAGGACAAAGCACGUCCAGUUCUGGGGACUCAAACGAAGAACACAGCCCGUCUAUCUACCCUCCCACUCCUGAUUGCACCCCAUCCUCCAGUGUUACGGACGCAUGUGAAAGGUGGUCGGGCGUGGGACCGCCGGUUCGCCCAUCCUGUCAAAACUGCAGAUAUGACGACAAGUGGAACUGGUGGCACGUCAUCCGACGAAAGGGUGACUACGCCAGGAAGGGCGAUUGGUGCUGGCGCUGUUUUUUCCGACACGUUGGGUACUUUUAUGGCGGGUUCCCACGACCAGACAAGCGGCCACAGUGGCAACCGGAUAACAUUAUAAUGUGA